CUGAUCACUAACGUUGGUAUCAUUUAUUGAAAAACAUGGUAUUGAUAUUUAUUUUGAAUCUCUGAUUAUUGUUGUUUUGUAUUUUUUUUAACUUUCAUGAAAUGCUUGUUUGUGAUGUGGUCGCUGAUUUGUUGGCAUGUUUCGCCAAAUAAGUAAGAAAAUAAUUACUUUACUAUGGGGCGCAAAGAUUAAAUGAUUUAGUUUUAUGUGGACUAUGGAACAGCAUAGAGAUGCGUAUAUAAGUGAUAAGUACAUGUACCAGCCAGCGCUCCUGUCCCAGCCGUGUGCGUCAUGCUCAAGCCCGGACGUGGCGAGACUGUACCCUGGCAAGCAGAUGACCAGCCAAGGAACACAGAUCAACCCAGCGCUGCUUGAACAACCGAAGGAAGCCAAGGAGGAGCUGAAGUCUCUGAGUGGUGGCUGUGGAAACCAGCAGAACUUGGAAGAGUCAAUAGAUCCUGUGAAUCUUUUGAGCGUAGAGUAUUUGAGCCGUAGUGGAACCCCUUGUGAUAGCAACCCGCUGCUUCCACACAGCGUUCCUAUCACAGGUGGCUACCGCGGGGACGGGGGGCAGGCGCUCGGAGUCGCCAGGCCGCCUCACGAGAGGCACCACCUGUGCGGGGAGUGCGGGAAAGGCUUCACCCAGCAGGGGCACCUGCAGCUGCACCUGAGGACCCACUCCGGGGAGAAGCCCUACAGGUGUGCUGACUGCCACAAGGCGUUCACGCAGUCCUGCCACCUGCAAGUGCACAGCCGAUAUUUGCAGGCGAACCCACUCGGGCGAGAGACCUUACGGCUGCGAAAUUUGUGGCAAGCGAUUCACACAGAGUGUAAACCUACAACAGCACAUGGUCAUUCACAGUGGAAAGAAGCCAUUCGCAUGUUCCGAGUGUCCCAAGGCGUUUGCUAGGAACGGCCACCUUCAGGUGCACCUGCGGACUCACACGGGGGAGAAGCCGUUCCCUUGCACCGUGUGCGGCAAGCGGUUCGCCCAGCAGGGGCAGCUUCAGGCGCACAACCGGAUACACCUGGGCGAGACUUUCGAGAAGAAACGC